AUGGCAGACCUCUUCUCCUCGGACGCUUCGCCGGCACCGCCGCAGGAGCAGGACGAGAGCGGCAGCCUGGCCGUCUCGCAGACAACACCCAGGCGUGGUGGGCACGGGCCCCAGCCUAGCGUCGGCAACGCGGCCAGUCUAUUCGGCGGCUCCGGCGACGACCCCUUCGCCAGCAUCACCUCGCCAGCGACGCCCAAAAAGGCUCCGACCCCGCUCGUGUCGCUCGCAGAGGAAGCGGCAGAGGGAGACCCCGCCGAUGCGGCCGCCUCCCUCUUCGGAGGCUCAGCGGACGGUGCACCGACGAGCGACGACCUGUUUGGUGCUGCGGCGUCCCCCGCAGAUGGUUCACAGACCGACAACGGCCGCCUGGGGGUGCCAUCCCUGACCACGCCGGCCAGUUCUGGCUCUUCGGGCCCACCUUCACCCAGCAAGCUCUUCACCUCGACAUCGGGCUACGACGACGACUGGCUCGGAGGGACAAAGGUAGAUACGACGCAGGCACCAGUGACCCUCGAUGCAUCAAUCACUGCCAAUGACCCGCAGGUCGCAGAUGACGGCGUCGAGGGCCAAGCCGGCUACGGCCAGCACGAUCAGUACGGUGCUCAGGCAGACGGCUACGGCGAGCAGGCUGGCCAGGGCUACGCCGAGCACGGCUAUUACGGCGACCAGAGCUACGAUGCGCAGCAGCAGCAGCAGUAUGGCGAUCAGUCGUAUGCCUACGACUACUCGCAGCCGCAGCAGCAGCAGCAGUACGACGGGCAGUACGACUACGCACCGCAGCAGUACGACCAGCAGCAGCAGCAGCACUACCAGUACGACCAGCAGCAGUACGACUACGGUGCUCAGGGCGCCGCAGCAACCUACGACCAGACCCAACAGCUGCCGUACGGCCAGGAGUACGCUGGUCAGCAUGACCAACACCAGCAGCACGACUACCAGGCGCACGAUGCGCAGCACGCAGGCUACGGCGGUUACGACGCCUCCGCCUACGGACAGUCCGGAGAGGCAGCCUACGACCCGCAGCAGGCCAACUACGCUUCAUACGACUCCGCCAUGUCACGCGCGAGCUACGACGGCGCCGCGUACGACUCGACUGGGACAGACGGCUAUGGCUACGCACCCCAGCAGUCGUCCGGCCAGGCCGCUGACAACCAGGGCUACUGGCAGGAGCAGGCCCAGCUGAACGACGGCUACCGUGCUGAGGCCACUGCCGUCGCCGCCGACUACGGCUCGAGCUACUCGGCCGACCAGACCAACCAAGGUGCCUACGACUACAGCCACACGAAUGCCACGGCCAUCGCACCCCCGCCUCCGACUGCCGCGACUCUGGCUCGAGUUCCGAGCCCGUACGACCCCGUGCCAGCACCAUCGGUUCCAGCUUCGACGAUGCCGAACAGUCAGGCUCGAGCUGCGAGUCCGUACGAACCAGCAACGCCGGUCUCGCCCGCUAUGGGAGCGGGCACUCUAUCGUCGGUGCCGCCUCCACCCGUCGCAGGCCCACCCCGUGGGCCCCCGCGCGGACCGGCCAGGAGGAGCCCGAAACCUGCCUCUCCGGUCAGCGCUCCCGCGAUCGAGCCAGUUGCCGCAGCGCCGGAAGACGCGACAGCUGCGGUGCCGGCUGCUUCCGACGGAGAUGGCUACAGCUGGGGAAUGGACGAGGCUCAACACGGCGGUGAGGACGGCGGGAUCGAUGUGCAGCAGCAGAAUGCCGGAGCCGAUGCGGCCUGGGAAGGCGGCGAAGCUCCCAGCGCGUUUGGGCAGCAGGCCUACGGCUGGGUCAACCAGCUCGAGGAUGCUGCAGCUACGCCACCGGCCGUCGAGGAUGGGCCUGCUCCCCCCAUGCUCACCGUCACGGACGAGGAUGCCACGGCGUCGGUCGUCUACCAUCCGGACGGCGUCGAGAACCACUUCGGUGAGGAUGCAGACGCUCAGCUGCAAGCUCAGGAGCCGAUGCAGCUGCAAGACCCCGAGCUGGUCGACCAGGCCGUCGAUGCCCUGCAGGAACUCGAUCUCAACGGCCAGGAGCACAUUGAUGAGGGCCUGGAAGAGAGUGUUGCCGCCGGCGGCAUCGCGGGUGAGGAAGCCGAGCUUGCUCGCCAUGGCGAGGCCGAGAUGGUGGCCCCUCCCGAGGGAGGCGAGACUCAAGAUUCGUCUAGCUACGGCGGAGCCUACGAGGCGGAGGAUGACCAGGCUGCUACUGGCAACGCUGAAGACGGCCAGUACGCACCGCAGAAAGACGGCCCAGCUCAAGGGUCUCAGCCGGCUGGUCCUGGCCAGGCUUAUGGUCUGGACACAGAGCAGGUCGCGCAAGACGCCGCAGCAGAUCCGUACGCGCCUCGGGCCGCGGGGCACGCCAGCAACGACCCUUACUCGCCCGCCGGCGUCACAGACGGCACGUAUGGCGGCUACCAACAGUCGCAGUGGGGCGACCAGGGGAGUUCAGAGCCCGAGCAGUCGCAGCAGCCGCAGCAGCAGCCGGGGCAGCCGGGGCAGCCGGACAAUGGCUUCGCCGCCUACGGACAGUCCCCCUAUGACCCGUACGCGCCGUCCCACGGCGGCUUCACGUCCGAUUACAACGCGUCGCACCACCAGCCCAACGGUUACGGAUCCCACCCCUCUGCCGACGACACCUACGGCUCGUACGCUCCGUAUGGCGGUAGCGCAGACCCGUACGCUCCGUCGCACGACGGACAGCAGCAGCACGAGCGGCAGCUGUCGGACAGCCGACCAUACGACAACGAGGACGAUGCGGACGACGCACGAACGCCGCACGCCACAACUGGCCGGCCUCCUUGGUCGGAUGCUAGCUCGCCGGCUGUCGAGGCCUACGCCAGCCCGUACGGAGCGCCUGCCUCGCAGGGUCUCAAGCGGGCGGGCACGGUCACGCAGCGCUCCAUCGACGCGACAGGUGGCGGUGGGGACGGAUACCGCGCGCCUUACGACUCCGCCGAUUCUUAUGCUGCCCCGCACGGCCGCGCCGACCAUGGCGCCGCCGACCGACAGCCGAGCACACCGGGAGCAGGUGGAAACGGCGAGAGCGGCAACUACUUCGACGGCGGCGCCCACUACGCAUCUCCAUCCCAUUCGUCGGGCUUUGCGGGCGGCGUCGGCGCCGCUCCGGCAUCGCCUUACGACCCCGGCAAGGCUGCCAGGUCCUAUGCCAGCGAAGCCUCGUAUCCAAGCUCGAUCUCGGGCUCGGGCGUCGACAUGCAGGAGCAGAUGCGCAACGCCAAGAUCCCCAUCGUCAGCUUCGGCUUUGGCGGACAGCUUGUGAUGUACUUCCCGACGGCGUCGUCCAGCGACCAGACCGGCGCCAGCGAUGGCGGGUACGGCGGCUAUGGCUACAUGGGCGGCAGCGGCGCACCGACAAGCGUGACGAUCCAGCCGCUCUCGGCCGUCAUUCCUUCGUCGUCUUACGCCACCGCCUUCGAUCCGCUGCACUUCCCCGGUCCGGCCUUUGAAGGCGCUUCCGCGACCGCGCUGUCGCGAGCCACUGGCGGCGCCAAUGCUGGUGCCAAAGCCAAAAAGGCCGCGCUUAUCAAGCACCUCGACGAAAAGAUCGGCGAGGUCGAAGCGGGCAUCGGCUAUCUGCGUCGUCGGCCGUCCUUUUCGGCCAGCGGCGACGUGGAUCAUGAGGCCAGCCUUGCAUCGCGCGGCACCAACUCUCAGCUCGAGUGUCAGAGGGCCGAAGACAAGGUGGCGCUUCUGAAGUUGCUGCGGCUAAUCCUCGUCCAUGACGCUCAAACGACCAACAACCCUGCUUUCGAUGCCGCCGUGCGCGAGCUGCUGACUGGCGAAAAGGCCGACGACAGCAGCGGAGGUUCGGCCCGCUUCGCACCUGCGUCGCCAUUCGGUGCCGCAGCGCCGUCAGCAUCUUCGGGCGAGACGCUGCGCACCUACGAGCUCAAGCGCGGCUUCCUCGAGACGCUCCAGAGCAUGCUUCUCCGAGGAGAGCGCCGCGAGGCCGUCGCCCUGGCAGUCGAGCAGAAGAUGUGGGCUCACGCCAUGACGAUCGCCAGCUGCGUGGACAAGGACUGCUGGAGGACGGUCGUCGCCGACUUUAUCGAGGACGAGCUCGGAGCUGGCGUCGGCCUGAGCGCCAGUUCGGGCCAGACGAGCGCCGAUCUGCAGACGCUCAAGGUUGCCUACAACGUCUUCUCGGGCCAGGACCCGGUGUCUGUGUUCGACCUCUUCCGUCCGAAGAAGCAGAUGCUCUUGGAUGCCUCGCAGCCCUCUGAUGCCGUUUCGCCGGGGAGCGGGGCAGCUGCCCCUACCUCGCUGCCCGACUGGAAGGGCUCGGUCGCCAUCGUGCUCUCCAACAAGAGCAUCAACGAUUCGGCGGCGCUCACGGCCAUCGGCGACGGGCUCGCGGUCCACGGCCUCGUCGAGGCGGCCCACUUCUGCUACGCCCUCGCGCCAGCCACGUCGCCCUUCGGAGGCGUCGACGUUUCCGCCGUGCGGAUGACGCUCCUCGGCUGUCAGAGCCCAAAGGUCUCGGCCCACUACCUGCAGGACCUCGACGGCAUCAUCCUCACCGAGAUCCUCGAGUUUGCCCAGAGCCUGAUGCCUAUCACCAAGGGACAGGACGCCUACGCCGGCAUUCCGCACCUGCAAGCCUACCGCCUCGUCCACGCCUACCGCCUAGCCGAGCUCGGCGACGUCCAGCGGGCGCAGAAGUACUGCGAGGCCAUCGCGGGCGCGCUCAAGCUGAGCAAGAACUCGCCCUAUCUCCACGGCACGCUCCUGUCGCAGCUCAAGGAGCUGUCGGAUCGCCUGGUUGGUGCGCCGCAGGUCAACGGCAGCGGCAACUGGAUGACGCGCAAGAUGCAGCGCCCGACGCUCGACGGCGUGUGGGGCGCCCUCGAGGGCCGCUUUACCAAGUUCAUCGCCGGAGAGGAGAACGAGGCGACCGCCUCGCCAUCCCGCAGCAAAAGCCUCGGACCUGGUGUCGGUGCCUCUGGCGGCGCCGGCGGCAGCGGCAACGGCGACGGACCCGUCGGGCCGUUCUCGCACUACACGGCCAUCACGCCCGACGCGGCGGCGGGCGGCAUGUCGCGCCAGCAGUCGUUUGUCGACCUCAACGCGCCGCCCAGCAUGCCCCAGUCGCGGGCCGGCUCGGCGAUGGACUUCCACCACAACCGCCGCGCCGCCUCGCCCAAGCACCGAGCCUCGUCGGCGAUGGCUGUCCGGCAUUCUCCUCGCGACCCCUACCACGCCUGGCCCCAGCCUCUGUCGCAGAUGCCGUCCGGCGACCGCGACCAGCCCUCGGCUGGCCACGCCUUCGAGGCUUCGCGAAACGGCCACGUGCUGCAGACCUCCGAGUACUCGAGCUACGAACCGAGGGACUCGUUCCAGUCGUCGAGGCCGAGCGACCAGGAUGGCUGGCAAGGAUCCGACUCGCGCCGCCAGAGCGUCGACACUUACGAUCAGGGCAGCCAGCAGGAUCGCUUCGACGAUCGCAGCGAAUCGUACCGGGGCUACAGCGCCUACAAGGAACAAGACGCCGGCGAGGGAUACGGCGCCGCACACGACGACGUGCCUUACUACGGCUACCAGCCGCACGGAGCGCAGCAGCCGCAGUUUGUGAGCAACGUCGAUGGACCCAGCCUCGAGUCAGCCGAGGACGGCGGCUUCGUGUCGCCGAUGGAUGCCCUUGCCGGCGCAGGCGCAGGUGCGGGCCGCAAUUCGAGGACGCCCCAGCCGCAGUCGCAGCCCGACUACUCGCAGAACCGUUCCAGCAACGCAUACCAUGAAGAGGACGACGAGGACGACGAUCUGGGCCUCGGCAACUCCAGCAGCAAGAAGAAGCAGGCCCAUUCCUCCGAGGGCGACUCUCGUGGAGGCCAUGGCGCCGCUUCCUCUUACGAACCUGCUCCAGCCGCCGCCAAGGAGGCCGAUGCCGACCAGGACAAGAAAGAAAGCAACGAGGACAAGCCCGGCCUCAAGCCUUCGGCUUCGAGCAGUUGGCUCGGCCGGCUCUGGGGCCGAUCCUCUUCGACGACGCUCGCGGAACAGGCCAAGGCCAAGAAGGCGCACCUUGGUGAGGAGACCGCCUUCUACUACGACAAGGAGCUCAAGCGCUGGGUCAACAAAAAGGCUGGAGACACGAGCACGCCUGCCUCGCCGCCUCCGCCGCCGCCUCGAGCACAGACGACUUCGCCUGCCACGGGACCGGACCGCGGAGCCGGCGCAGCUUCUGCACCGCCCAUGCGCAACUUCUCUGGCGGGCCACCUCCGCCUCGCAGUGCCCUCUCUGGCUUCUCGGGCCGGGCCACGCCGCCGAUCAGCGAGGAGCAAUCCGGUCCUCCGGGAGCCGGGCUGCCUCUGCGCAACGGCGGGCCGGGUCUCGCCCGUGCCCGGUCCAACCUGGCGGACCACACCAUGCCGCCUGCCGCCCAGCCUCCGACCAGGUCCGGCUCCGCCACGCCGAUGGGAGGGCCGAGCGCCAUGUCGCCCCCUCCUGCCCCUCCGCCGGGCUCCCGGGCCGGCACCGUCAAGAAGCGGCCCAUCAAGAGCAGAUAUGUCGUCGUCGACUGA